CCGCUUCCGCUUCCGCUUCCGCUUCCGCUUCCAACGAUGGGUCAGUAAUCGGAUGGUUCUUUACAAACCAUCCAGAGAGUUAUCGUGGGGCCGCACACCGCUCGCCGUCGGAAUCCCCCGCGAGGCCGAGCACCACUCGCAAUCUGGUUCUAACUUCUAAGUUCCACAGUUCCACUUUAUCUGGGCCCUAGUAAUAUGGCUUCGCAUUAUCAAGCUGCUUUAUUGGUUGCUUCUCCAUCGUAUCCAAACUCCAUUGCUUGGUCGAACGAAAAUUUGGUGGCUAUUGCAUCAGGCCAUAUCAUUACUAUAUUGAACCCAGCUUUGCAUGCGGGUCCUCGAGGUCUCAUUACGCUUCAUCCUGAUAAGCCAUUUCCUAUAGGAGUUGUUGACAAAGAAGAUCUUCUUAGUCCAUGUUUAAUGCCUACAAGUUUGUCCCGUGAUGUUCGUCCAUGUGCUCGGUCGAUUUCGUGGUCUCAACCGGGUUUUGCAUCUAACUCGGGAUGCUUGCUGGCUGUUUGCACCACUGGAGGUCAUGUGAAGUUAUAUCGCGCUCCUUUUUGUGAAUUUACUGCUGAAUGGAUUGAGGUUGUGGACAUCUCCGAGUUGCUUUUUAAGCAUCUAGAAAGUACUGAGUUUGGAGAGCAUAAUGCUUCUGAAUUUCAUCAGAAGCAAGGCAGCACAGGCUGCACAACAGGGAGAGGUUGCGCUGAAGAGUUGGAAGAAUCUCUUUCCAGUAAGGGCUCUGGACGAAGAAAAAGAAAGACUUUAGGCAAAAGAGAUGGGGCCAAUGAAGAAUUUGUAGAACUCUCUUAUUGUUCAAAGAAGGCGAAAUUAAGGGAUAAAGGUGGUCGUCUUGCAGCAUCCAAUACGGCUACUCCAAAUAAGGUCAUUGAGGUUGAAUCUGGAACUUUCGUGGUGAAUGAUCAAAGUUUGCCAUCAAGAGUUAAGGGAAGAUCAUCUUUGAAUGGAGAAAACAAUUCCUUUCCUCUAAUUACAGCAAAGCAGUAUGCAUCUCGUAGUGCUUUACUAUCAUCCCUCGUAGUGGCAUGGUCUCCAGUUGUAACAUUAUGCGGAAGCAAAUGUGCUAUUUUAGCUGUUGGAGCUAAGUCCGGUAAUAUUUCUUUUUGGAAAAUUUGCACACCACAAUUCUACACAGUGGAGCAUGAUGGAGUUCCAGCUGAUGCAAUACUCAUCGGGCUUCUUCAGGCGCAUAGUGCAUGGAUAACAGCAAUUAGUUGGGGAGUUGCCACUUCAAGUUGCUUAAAGUCCCAGUUAGCUGUGGCUACUGGUAGUUGUGACGGAAGCGUGAAGAUAUGGUUGGGAGAUGUUCAAAGACUAGUUCAAUCUACAGAGGCAACCAAUAGGUCCUUUUCCUUACUAACUGAGGUCACAAAUGCUACAUCAGCCCCAGUUUCAACAAUUUCGUUGAUUGUGCAAGCUCAAUCUCAAGAUAAAAUUAUUUUGGCAAUUGGAAGAGGAUCUGGAUCACUUGAAACGUGGAUAUAUUGCCUAUCUAGCAACAAAAUUCAAUGUGCUGGCAUUUCUGAAGCACAUGAUCAAGUGGUGACCGGUCUAGCUUGGGCUUUUGAUGGUCAUUGUUUGUACAGCUGCAGCCAGGACAAUUCUGUGCGUAGUUGGACUUUACAUGGAAGUCGUCAACGCCAAGUUCCUUUCCCUUCAAAUUUUCCAGGCAUAAAAAAUUCAACAAAUCUCUCACAAGUAUCUGACCAAUGCUUUGGCCUUGCACUUGCUCCUGGAGAAUUGAUGGUUGCUGUGGUUCGCAGUUUGGAGACUAAUCUUUUGAACCAAAUGUAUCAAGCCAGAACUCAGAGAGCGGUGGUUGAGUUUUUCUGGACUGGAGGACAGCUCCUUGAACCAUUGGAGAAAAACGUUAGUUGUGGUAGUAAACCCUCAGAAUUAUCCAAAAGGGAGUUGCAGUGUUGGGAAUGCAACAUUUUGUGGUCUUUAAAGAAUUUUGAGAAUGGCGAUAAGCUACCUGUCCUAUGGGACACUAUAGCUGCAUUGCUAGUCCUUAAGAAGUUGGCACCUACUUUUGUUCGAGACUUGCUCUCAAAGUGGAUCUCAAGUUGGUUUCCUGAGAAGCAAGAAAGCGGAUAUAUGGAGAAGACCUUGUUGCAUGUUCAAAACAUGUUGUCCGUGAUAAGUUCUCGCAGAAUACACCUCCUCAACAUAAUCUCUAGAAGAUUAAUGCCAAGAAAGGAAAAGGCUGAGGUACCUAAAUGGGAGCAGCAUAACUUCAGUGAUAAAACCUAUGUUGAAGGAGAGACGGAAUUGUGGCAUAAUUUUCUUGUCAAUAGUGAAAGAGAGCUGACAGAGAGGCUUGUUGCUUCAACUUUUACUACUGUUCUAAGUCGUGCAGCUCUUUCGCCCGAUUCUUUUUCCGUUGACACAAGCUGGUUCCCAAUUGGAGUGGCUCAAAUGGAGCAGUGGGUUGCCAUCAACAGUAAAGUAGUGCACAAUCAGCUUAAAGUACUUGGAUCAAAAUUUAAAGAACUAGGAACAAGGAUCGAUUCGGUAUGUGAAUACUCAAAGAGUGAGGUAUGCAGCUUCUGCACUGGCCCAGUUCAGUUUAAAUCCCCAGAUGUUGCCUCUUGUGAAGGCCGCAAAGUCGAAGGUGGGGAAGUCGAAAGCCAUAAAUUAUCGAGAUGUGCCGUUUCGAUGAAGCUGUGUUCUAUCACGGAGCCAAUGUGGUUUUGCUGUUGUUGCAAUCGGUGGAUCAAUAAAUUGGCCCCUCAAGCCAUCUUUACCAUGCCUAGCUCUCCAUUAGAUGUAAAUUGUGGUUGCGGAUCUUUUGAUCUGGAUGAAGUUUGUUUACCGUUGUGCCCUUUCUGCGGCAUAUUGUUACAGAGAUCGAUGCCGGAGUUUUUGCUGUCAGUUUGCCCGGUAUAAAAACUAGCUUGAGGAUUUCUCAAAUGAAAUGGUUACAAAUUGAAAAAGGGCCGAGGUGCUAUUUGAAAAUAUUCUGCAGUUGAGGGGGGAUCGAUUUGCGCUUUUACCGAGCAAAAACAAGCAGCUGCAGGGAGGGAGGAGGGAAGAGGGAGAUGAAUGAGACGAGCGCAACAGCAAGCGAUCCCCACGCGUGCGCGCAGGAGCGAGAGGGGGUGGUGGGGGGGAGAAGGGAGAGGAAGGAGACGGAGACCAGCGCAUCGGCAAGCAAUUCUAGGCAACUGUCGACAGCAAGUCCCUACGUGUUGCCGAAGAUCUCCCCUUAGGAUCUCCCCGUCGACUAUGCUGGAUUCCUCGUCGUCGUCGUCUUCGGCUUCUCUGGUGUCAUGUUCCGAAUAUGUGAAUAUCUUCGCUCUAGAUCUCUCUCAGAUCCGAAAAUAUCAGUGAUUCAUCAAUUAAGAUAAUGGAUGCCUUAGUGUUUUGUAUGUCUUGUGAUUUUAUUUGUGUCAUGCCCCAAGGCCCUUUCAGAAGCCUUUUUUUAAUAAAAAGGUAAAAAUUGAAAAACAGUCCAAGGGGAAAAAUGCUUUUUUUUUUUUUUUUUUUGGAAACACCUUGCCCACAAGACGGAUAGAUCUGCCACAAAUACUAGAAUUUCUCGAGUAUUUUUUGUA